AUGAACUGCAUGAAAGGCCCGCUGCCCUUGGAGCACCGAGCAGCCGCGGCUAAGCUGUCGGCCGCCUCCUCACCCUUCUGUCACCAUCCCCAGGCGUUAGCCAUGGCUUCGGUCCUAGCUCCUGGUCAGCCCCGCUCCCUGGACUCGUCCAAACAUAGACUGGAGGUGCACACAAUCUCCGAUACUUCCAGCCCCGAAGUCGCAGAGAAAGAUAAGGGCCAGCAGGGAAAGAAUGAGGACGUGGGCGCAGAGGACCCGUCCAAGAAGAAGCGGCAACGCCGGCAGAGGACUCAUUUCACGAGCCAGCAGCUUCAAGAGCUGGAAGCCACUUUCCAGAGGAACCGCUACCCAGACAUGUCCACUCGCGAAGAAAUCGCCGUGUGGACCAACCUUACGGAAGCCCGAGUCCGGGUUUGGUUCAAGAAUCGCCGGGCCAAAUGGAGAAAGCGGGAACGCAACCAACAGGCCGAGCUUUGUAAGAAUGGCUUCGGGCCACAGUUCAAUGGGCUGAUGCAGCCCUACGACGACAUGUACCCCGGUUACUCGUACAACAACUGGGCUGCCAAGGGCCUCACGUCAGCGUCUCUGUCCACCAAGAGCUUCCCCUUCUUCAACUCUAUGAACGUCAAUCCCCUGUCCUCCCAGAGCAUGUUUUCCCCGCCCAACUCCAUCUCAUCCAUGAGUAUGUCGUCCAGCAUGGUGCCCUCCGCGGUGACCGGCGUCCCGGGCUCCAGCCUCAAUAGCCUGAAUAACUUGAACAACCUGAGCAACCCAUCGCUGAAUUCCGCGGUGCCCACGCCCGCCUGUCCUUACGCGCCGCCGACUCCUCCGUACGUUUAUAGGGACACUUGUAACUCGAGCCUGGCCAGCCUGAGACUGAAAGCGAAGCAGCACUCCAGCUUCGGCUACGCCAGCGUGCAGAACCCGGCCUCCAACCUGAGUGCUUGCCAGUAUGCAGUCGACCGGCCGGUGUGAACCGCGCCCAGGGCGCGGGGAUCCGAGGACUGUCGGAGUGGGCAACUCUGUCCCAGAAAGACUGAGAA